AUGGACGGGAGAUCCUGGGACUGGGAGGAGGCGAAAACUCGAAGAGAGGCGAACAGAGAAGCCGCGCGGGGAGCAAAAUUACACGCCGAUGCUGGAUGCUGGAUUGCGAACGAGAUUAUGAUGGCGUGCAAGCUUAAAGCGCCUGGCCACACACAGUUCUUCUUGUCCGAGUCUUAUCGUACAAAUCCUACCCAACCACAGCCAUCGGCAGAUGUGUACAAAGAGCCAGGAGGCGCAACGACGGGACUCACAGCCGUGACAGCGUGCAUGGGCACACAAAUGAUGGGGACAAGGGACUGGGAUCCGACAGGUCGAGUGGUUGCGUUCGGUCCAGGGGGCGGUGUUAAGAAGGUUAGGUCUCCUUGA